AUGGCGUCCUCUGUACGCUAUCGUUUCCAAAACCAGAACGGCUCGGCCGUCAUUACCUUUGAUGGGCCCUCCAUUACACUUGACAAAUUAAAGCGGGAGAUUAUGCGCGUCAACUUCACCCGCGACACCGACUCUGACCUCAAAAUUUUCAACGAAGAAAACAACGAAGAAUACUCACUCAGCCAGCCCGUGUACCGCAAUUCCUCAAUCAUUGUCAAGCGCGUGCCACGAGAGGCGGGCGUCGCCCCUAUCCUUGAUGAUCACGAGGAGUCCUUUACUGCGCAGGUCCCGCUGACCGAGGAUGAACGAUUGCGAGCCAUCAAGGAGAAGGCAGGCCGGGACUAUGAAACAACGUGCGAUCAUGACCAGCUUGCCUCAAACCCGUGCUCCAGAUUCUGCCAAACCUACCUGCUUGCUGCCUGGCGUCGACUCAUGCGUUGCCCUUGCCUGGCCGUCUUCUCAAUUCAACGCUCGUCUCUAUGUGUAGUGGACCAAGCGAGUCGUACAUUUGCCGCCAUUGCGCGGCCCGAGGGCAGCAUUUUUACAACCAAUGCCCCCUGCUCAAUGUACGCGCCUGUCAGAUAG